AUGAGCGACCAGAUCAUAGGCGAGCCGAAAAGCCUGACCCAUCAGCCCACGAACGCUUCGACCGGUCAAGCUUCUGAAAAAUGUGGUUCCUACGAUGAAGGCAGGCUCGAGCAGAUACUCGAGGAGAAUCCCGACGAACUUCGCAGAUUGUUGAACAACCGCCAGAUCCAGCUCAUGGCCAUUGGUGGAACUAUUGGUACAGCGUUAUUCAUCAGUAUUGGAACAGCACUUUACAAGGGCGGGCCGCUCAGUUUGCUGCUUUCGUUCGUCGGUUAUUGCUGUAUAAUGGCCUUGGUCAACAGCUGCGCUGCCGAAAUGACCGUUCUGCAUCCUGUGUCAGGAGGCUUCAUAAGGAUGGCGGGGUAUUGGGUUGACGAGGCUUUUGGGUUUGCUGCUGGCUAUAACUUCUUCCUCUAUCAGGCCUUGACGGUCCCCUUCGAGAUCGUCGCGUUGAAUCUGGUCCUGGGCUAUUGGCGCGAUGAUAUUCCGGCAGCUGCUGUCAACGCUGCUUGUGUCGUCCUUGCCAUGAACGUUUUUGCAGUUGGUAUUUUCGGAGAAGCCGAAUUUUGGCUUUCAGGUGGAAAAGUCAUCCUGAUUUUCAUCCUAUUCUUCUUUACCUUCAUCACCAUGGUUGGCGGCAACCCUAAGCACGACGCGUACGGCUUUCGCAACUGGCGCGGAGCUGAUGGCCCUAUGGCAGAGUGGCAUAGCAAAGGUGACCUUGGGAGGUUUGAGGGGAUUGCUACAGGCAUUAUUGCUGCUGAGGCCAAACGACCACGGAUAUAUGUCAAGGCCGCUUUCAAGACUAUAUACUGGCGAUUUGGUCUGUUCUUCAUUGGCAGUGCCAUCUGCGUUGGUAUCGUUAUCCCGUACAACGAUACGACACUUGUAGACAUCCUGUCAAGCGAUCAAAGCGGAAGCGCUCAAGGAGUAGACCGAAACACAUUUCCAUUUCGAGGCUGGUGUCAGCCGUACGCUGGCUGGGUUGCCCUCGUAUGGGAGAUAUUGAUGGUUGUUUUCUUCGGCUACUCGUCCUUCACGCCAUGGGACAUCGCCAACUUCUUCCAGCAUUACGCUAUGCUAAUCCUAGCGCCCUGUCUUUACAUUGGCUGGAAGGUCAUCAAGAGGACCAAGAUUAUUCCUUCAUCGGAAGCCGACUUGGUUUGGGAGCGGCCGGUCGUCGAUCGCUACGAAGCGUCCUUCACGUCGCCACCAGUUGGCUUCUGGGUGGAAAUGCUGCAAUUAAUUGGCCUGAAAAGGAAUCGGAAGGAUAAUGUUAGAAGGCCGUCCAUUACAUAG